GGGUACGGAAAACGGUCACAGAUUUUCACAGACAGAUUUUCGGUUUGAUCACAGAUUUUUGAAAAUAUGACCUGGCAUCCCUGGUGUUAGGUCUGAGGUAUAGAAACGCCUUUAUUGAACAUACUUCGCGGCAUCUGGAUACUAAUACGUUGUUUCUUAGUAUGAGUUCAACUGAGUUCAAUAUCGGGAUAACUGGAGAAAAAACUUCAAGUCGUGUACUGAAACCACCAGGCGGUGGCCAUUCGGACAUAUUCGGAUCUGCGGAAGUGAAAGCGAAUCCUCCACGCCCAAAACACAAUCAGCAAAAUUCCGCUAAUAUGAAUGGUGUUAUGGGAACGACAGAUCCGAAUCUAAAAAUUGAACAAAAUCUACAUGAACAAACUAAAACAGCCAAUAUCCCAUCGCAAGCAGACAGACAGUCAAUUCAAAAGGACUGUCCACAAUUAGGACGAGGGCGUGUUCCUCCAGGCGGAUUCUCAUCUGGACUUUGGUGAAACGUUCUAAAUUCAGCAAUAAGACUAUCAAAUAUUCCCGACACUAACCAAAGAAUUUCGUGUUAGUUUCUAUUACUCUACAAUGGCUUUAUUUAAAAAUGUUUUUAAGUCGCACUUUGCUCCGAAAAAAUAUCGUUGACAACUGAAAACAUAAUGAAUUAAAAUCGUUCAAUCCACAAAAAUUAUA